AUGCCCGCAACGACGUGCGGUGCGCGCGCCCCAUUGCACCCAUAUAUCCCCCGGCUCGACGCGCCCACGAGAGCGCCGUGGCCGAGCCUUGCCAGCAUCGCCGAGCAGCCCUUCGUUUUCCCCGAGCAUGCCCUCCGCCCGCCUGUGACGCUCGACGACCGCUGUCUCUCCUCCGUUCCCUGCUCCGCCGCCGCCGCCGCCGCCGCCGCCUCCCACACACCCCGUGUCCGCCCCCUCCUGAGACCGAUGCCCACGUCGCGCCUGCAGACGAUGCAAGCCUUCCAGCACCCGCCCGCUCCCGACUCGCCCCCGGACCUGACCGACUCCAAGUCGUCCAAGUCGUCGUCGCUGCCGGACUCCAGCCUGUCCGAGCUGCCCGGCCCGCAUGACAUCUCCCACUUCGAGGACAUCACCCUCGACGACAUCAAGACCACCACGCUGCAUGCCGACAAGCACGACUCGGCCAAAGCCUUCCCGCCGCGCUCGCCAAUGACGCCCGCCGCAACCCUCACCCGCUCCACCACCCUCCCCACCCCCGGCCCAACUCCCGGCCGCGAUCUGACCACCUCGGCGAAGCCCUCCAAGCCAGGCCUACGCGUGAACAUCAAUGGCUCCGCGAAGGACGCCUCCUCCACGCUCGGCAUCCCCAGCCGUCGCGGCAUGCGCCGCGGCUUCAUCAGCCCCUCGACGCCCUCAUUGACUCCCGGCCGCCAGUCCAGAUCCCCCUCGCCUGCAGGCGGCGCUUCCCGCUCUCCCCGCUCGCCCUCCAAGCGCUUCACUGCGCCGCCGUCGCCCACCUCGCGCAGCGGCUCGCAUGACUUCAAGCCGGGCCUCAUGCCCACCGUGCGCAGGCAGUCGUGGCAGCCCGGGAGGAAGACUGUGGAAGAGCUGGAGGCCGAGUAUCACGACUCGGACGAAGAUCUCCCCGACGACGCCAUCAUGUGGAACGUCCCCAUGUCGCCCCGGCCACCCCACCACCGAGCAUCUCGCUCUCCGUCCUUUUCGUCUGUCGCCGAAAGCGUGCCCGACGUGAAGCCCCACGACAACGGGCCUCCCAAGUCCCCGUCGCGAUCAUCCACUGGCUCCUCCUACGCCGCUUCCACGCACAGCAGCAUCCCGGAAGACAGCGAGCUCGACAUCGCGCGGACCAAGUCAUGGGGCGAUGCGCUGGACGACCUCUCGCAGGAGGCUAGGGAAUUGACAGAGGCGCUGGAGGAAUAUGCGGGCGAGACUGAACGCCAGCGCGAGGCGAGGAUCCAGAGCGGCGUGGCAUCGGCACGGCCGUCGAUAGAGAAGAAGAAGAGCAGCCCGUCUUUGGUUCAAUUACCUCCGAUCCAAAAAGGAAACAUCAUGAUCGACCCUCUGCCGAUCAGCAAGGAGAAGGAGAAGGUUCUGAGUCGUACGCGGCCGAGCUGGCUGCCGCCCAAGGACCCCCAGGAAGAGAAGAAGCAUCUGAGGGAAUAUCAGAAGAUGAUGGCGGCUGCGCAGGAGGCUGGCAAGUACCGCCCUCAGGAGAGACGAAUGGCCACCAAGCUUCAAGAGAAGCAGCAGCAACGCGACACGACCCACACCUCGAUUUCACGCAUCUGGGACCAGCACGUGCUUCCCAACUGGGAGCAGGUCAUCAACGAGCCGCGGACACGCGAGCUGUGGUGGCGCGGCAUCACGCCACGCAGCCGCGGCACGGUUUGGAAACGUGCGGUCGGAAACGAGCUGGGCUUGUCCGAGACUGGGUACAAAGCAGCGCUGGAGCGCGCCAAGAAGCUAGACAAGAAGCUGGCCAAACUCGACCCAGAGUCCAGAGGCAAUGCCCGCGAGUCCAUCUGGUUCGACAGCAUCAGGCGGGAUACCAACGAUGCCUAUCCUGAGCUCAAGAUCUUCCAGGUUGGCGGCCCCCUGCACGAGAGCCUUCUCGACGUGCUCAUGGCCUACGCCAUGUACCGUUCCGACGUCGGCUACAUCUACGGGACUCACCUCAUCGCUGGUCUCUUGAUCCUCAACAUGUCUCCUGCCGACGCCUUCAUCUGCUUGGCCAACGUGCUGAACCGCUCGCUUCCCAUGGCUUUCCUCGUCAACGAUGCCAACGCCAUGCGCCGGGCUCGCGACCUCGUCCUCAAGACGCUGCACUACAAGAUCCCCAAGCUGCACUACCACCUCACCGAGGGCCUUUCCCUGGAGCCGGAGGAAUACCUCGAUCCGCUGUUCCGUACCAUGUUCUGCCACGGCCCUGGGCUCGACAUUGCGAGCCGCAUCUGGGAUGUCUACGUCUUCGAGGGCGACAAGUCGCUUGUGAGAGCGGCGGUCGGCGUGCUCGAUGCGCUAGAGGGACGCCUGUACGGAAGCAGAGAGGAGGUUCUGUGUCUGUUGGGAUGGAGUGCGACGCAAGAGUGGGAUGUCAAGGACGAAGACGCGUUUAUGAGAGGCGUUCGAAACGCCGGAAAGGUCGAUUCUGCCAGCAAUGGUGGGGUGAGCCCUGGAAGCGCCAGGUAG